AGGCCUUUGGGAUCAAGUCGAUCCAGACUCGGUUUUAUCCGCUUCGAUCGCCCUCAUGGCAUGGAACUUGUUGUUGCCAAUGUUGAGGCAGUCGCUGCUGCUGUGCGGAUGUCGUAUGGGCCAUGCGGCCGGGACCAACUUGUUGUCACAGAAACUCAAAAGUUGGUAACCAAUUCUGCAGCGCGCAUCUUGAGCCUGGCUCGACCAGGAUCACCGAUUGCAAAGGUCCUGCUGCAACACGUGUGCAAGUUCGCCGAGGAGAUUGGAGAUGGUGCGGCCACCUUGGCUCUUUUGCUGGAUGGUGCUUUCCAAUUUUGUGCUAGUGCCAUGAAGGAUGGCAAGGCAAGUCAGCAGGACCUCGGACGAUGCUUUCAGCUUGCUGAGGUGCUGAUAUUGCCAGAUGCUAUGGAACUCUUGCACAAGCUUCGUCCGAAAGAAGGCCUGUCCACUGAGUUGGCCUUCACGAAUCUGGCCCGAACACUCUUUGGGGCAAACUUCCCACUUGAGGUCAGCAGCCACUUGAGCAAGACUUGUUGGCAGUGGUUGAAGGCGAACAGCGUAUCUGAGGAGCCCUCGGAGAAGGUAGCAAACACUGCCAGACGAUUGCGAAGUGGGAAACUCAUUAAGGUGCCAACCUUGUGCCCCACUGGUUUUGUUGCAGAUGGACGGUCCUGUGCCACUGUGGAGAACAAGCACAUCAUUUCCGCUGUGCUCGCACACUCAGCUAUGCCCUGCGAAGUCUUUGGAGGGCGAGUUGCUAUCCUUGACGAAAACACUGCACCCUUACCAGUGCGUGUUGCAAUGCCUGGCAAGGAGCUUGCUAGGCUAAAAGAGCAUUUGCUUCUCACAACAGAGCAGCUUUGGCAGGCUGGCAUUCGGGUGGUCUUGUGCGUCUCCCAGGUCCAUGAGGAAUGGACUGGAUCAUUGGCACGUCGUGGCAUUUGCUUGCUGAAUCUUGUCGAUGAGGAGGAGCUGAACUUGCUUGAAUCACGAGUUGGCCCAGUCCGGCGGAUAUUGCCUGGAAGUCACGUGGCCCUCUUGGCAGCAGCAACAUUUCCUAUUGAAUCAAUGAGGCCUCUACGACCUUCGGGAGCAGGAAGUCGGGCUUACUGGUUGAUCAAGCCACAAGAGGAAAGGUCCAUUUGUCUCUUAUUGCUACAGUCUCCUUCAAGUAGCCUGGCUGCUGAGCAUCGCCUUGCAGUUUUGCGGCUUUUGGCGGUAGUUGCACCGGCAUUAGAGGAUCCAUCCUCCAUAAUAGCUGGUGGUUUGACCUUUGAGUUGGCAUUGUUGCGCUUGGCCCAUGAGCGGGCUUUGAGCCUCCGUGGCAGGAAUCGGCCUUCCACGGAGGUAUUCGGCCCAGACUUCACCAAGGCAAGCCAUUUGGAACUAUUGACAUGGUCCUUGCUGGAGGCAUCCCUGACCGCGGUGAUUGAGGCUUUUCUUGCCAAUCUUGGAUCAGAUGGUUUGAGCUCUUCAGUAAGCAGGACAGUACGGCUCUUGGCAACGGCACCUGAAACAGAGCUGCCUGGACUUGUGCCAGGGCUGCAGAAGAUGAGUACCGUUGCAGAAGCACCUAGCAUGGGUUUUGUCAUUUCUCCAGGCAUCGGAGAAUGCCAGGACAUGAUGUGGGUCCCUUUUGAGACAGCACGCUUGAAACUGGACCUACUGCGAGCCUUCUGCUCUUUGGGAAGGAUGAUGUGUCGACUAGAUCCAGAGAGCUUGCGCGCCAUUGCGCAAGCUGGUUGAAUGCUUGAGACGACAGCACUUCUGCUCGUAUUUGGGCCACUCUUUGCUCUUGCUCUCCUAUGAACAAGUACUGAUCAUGAUCAUGCUGCUAUUUCGUCUGCAUGUGAUUGUCUGACAUGGAGUUAUGGCAUUCCAAGCUGAGAAGCUGACGGAGAUCGACUCCAUUGCACGAGAUCGACGCUGAGAUCGAAACGCCAACAACCAUUUCAACUGUGUACUGGACAAGCGGCUUUCCCUUGAGCUUCUACCGUACAUGCCUCAUUGCAUGUCGUGAGUGAAACUUGUGAUUCUUCAAGAUUUUGUACCUGCAGCAAUUGGUUCGCCGAUCGUCAAAUGAGUCAAAUGGAAGACAACCUUUGAUUGAGUCUUCCUGCGAUAGCAGUGGACAAGACAGAGGUAAAAGGAGUCAAAAGGAUGUGAUUUUGACAUGGGGUAUCGAACUGAGUCUUCCUGGUGGAUUUGGCUGAGAACAUAAUUUCAGA